AGAAAACACACACACACGCACAACCGAGGCGAAGGGAGAGACGGAGCCACACGCACCCAGGGACGGACGGACGGACGCAGCCAGUUUGGAAACUUUCCUCCGCUCCAGGUGUGACCCCUCCCGACCCGUGGCUCCCAGCCAGGAAGGCCCAGCAGAUGCCCUGGAUCCUCUGAAGGCAGGAGGAAGGAACGCCAGCGGUGUGGGGGGAUAAAUCCUGGUCGAGGACACCCCAACCCCACUACCCCCUGCAUCUUUCAAGGGAGAUGCCCAGGGGCCAUGGCGUGCUCGCCAUGGGGGGCGACUGAUGCCACCAGGAUCUUCGGCCGGUGCUGAAAACGGGUCGGGGCCGGGCGUUGCUCCAUAGCAGACGGACGACCCCCCCCGCCCCCGCAGGCCCUCCCCUGCCAUGGCAGCGAACAAGGAGAGGGUCUGCCCCAGCGGGACCCCACUGGGCCACAUGAAUGGUUUCCCCCCCACCGUUUACCCCUUCGCCUUUUCCAGCAGCAUCCGGGGCUCACCCCCUUUCGAGGUGCUCACCAGUGCAGGCUACUUCCGGGGCUUCCCCACCGACCUGCCCAAGGAGAUGGCAUCUCUGUCCGUGGAGACCCAGAGCACCAGUUCGGAGGAGAUGGUGCCCAGCUCGCCCUCGCCGCCCCCACCCCCCCGCGUCUACAAGCCCUGCUUCGUCUGCAACGACAAGUCCUCUGGCUACCACUAUGGCGUCAGCUCCUGCGAAGGCUGCAAGGGAUUCUUUCGCCGAAGCAUCCAGAAAAACAUGGUGUACACGUGCCACCGUGACAAGAACUGCCAGAUCAACAAGGUGACCCGCAACCGCUGCCAGUACUGUCGGCUCCAGAAAUGCUUUGAGGUCGGCAUGUCUAAAGAAGCCGUGCGAAACGACAGGAACAAGAAGAAGAAGGACGUGAAGGAGGAGGUGGUGGUGGACAGCUACGAAAUGACUCCCGAGUUGGAGGAGUUGAUCCAGAAAGUCAGCAAGGCCCACCAGGAGACAUUCCCCUCGCUGUGCCAGCUGGGCAAAUACACCACGAACUCCAGUGCUGAUCAUCGGGUGCAGCUGGACCUGGGGCUAUGGGACAAGUUCAGUGAACUGGCCACCAAGUGCAUCAUCAAGAUUGUGGAGUUUGCCAAGCGUCUGCCGGGUUUCACCACCCUCAGCAUCGCCGAUCAGAUCACCCUGCUCAAGGCAGCCUGCCUGGACAUCCUGAUGCUGCGGAUCUGCACACGCUACACGCCGGAGCAGGACACCAUGACCUUCUCGGAUGGGCUGACCCUGAACCGCACCCAGAUGCACAACGCCGGCUUAGGGCCCCUCACCGACCUGGUGUUCGCCUUCGCCGGGCAGCUGCUGCCCUUGGAGAUGGACGACACUGAGACCGGGCUGCUCAGCGCCAUCUGCCUCAUCUGCGGAGAUCGGAUGGACCUGGAGGAGCCAGAGAAGGUGGACAAGCUUCAGGAGCCCUUGCUAGAAGCUUUGAAAAUCUACGCCCGCCGCCGCAGACCCAACAAGCCAUACAUGUUCCCCCGCAUGCUGAUGAAAAUCACUGAUCUGCGAGGCAUCAGCACCAAAGGCGCGGAGCGAGCCAUCACCCUGAAGAUGGAGAUCCCUGGCCCCAUGCCCCCCCUCAUCCGGGAGAUGCUGGAAAACCCCGAAAUGUUCGAGGACGACUCGUCGCAGCCGCCCCCGUCGGCAGAGCCCCCCAGCUCCGAGGAGAGCCCAGCCGAGAGCAAGAGCCCCGAGGAGACCCCCUAGCACCCUGGGGAGUGGGGGGUCAGGACUGGGAGAAGCCCCAUCCUCAGGCACCCCACCCCCCUGUCCAACACCCAGCUGGUUCGAACAAGCCACAGCUGCCUUCACUCUUCCCCCACAUUGCUGGGGGGUGGGCAUGGGCUGGGGGGCAGCUAAUGGAGAUUGUCUGUGUGCUGCCUCAGAGGUGUAGCUCUUGCCUUAACCUUGUCUCUGGGGGGAGCAGUCUGGAGCCUCCCCCCACACUCAUCCCCAAGCUUUUCUGUUAGCCAAAGUCUGACUCCAAGCCAAAAAUCCAGGGGGGCAAGGCCGUGCCAGGGAGCUCCUUGCUUGGGGUGGGGGUGCAGAUCCCUGGAAAUGGACCUGUAGGGGUUCAGCGGAGCCCCUCACUCUGCCCCAGCAGUGCAAUUGCCUGUCCAGCAGGGGGUGCCCUGGAGCCAGAGAGAAAGACUUGGAAGUGAGCCUGGGCUGGGAUGUUGGGGUGCCCCCCCCCCACUCUGCAUCCCCAGCGAUGCUGCCUCCAGAUUCCUGAGUCAAGAUCAGUCAAGGUCCUGCCUCCUAAAGUGAUGUUCCCCGCUGGAACCCAGGCAUCCCGGACUACUGAUGCAGAUCUCUGAAGCUGGGGAUUGCUGGGCGAGAGGUGGGGGACGGAGCAGCCCCCCCAGCCUGUGGAAAGCCCAGAACCCCUGGGUGUGUUGGGAAAGGCGGCUGAGCAGGAGGGAGGGGGGGACUUUGCCCCAGAAUGGAUGCUGCUCCCCACUCAGUGUCCUGCAGGUUUUGGGGGACGCGGAUCUCGGGGUGCGGGGAUGAGGUCCAAGUUUGGGAGGUAUAUUUUAUUUUAUGUUUUUGUUGUAUAAUGUGCUAAUGGUUUGGGGUCACUCCUCAGCAGUGGGGGAUGAGGGGUCCCUGUCCUGUCUCCUGGGGGUUCUGCUGGGAUGGGGGGGGGCCCAGAGGCAGGGGGCCAGACUGCAGGGCUGUAUCUGAUUUUGCUUUUGAUGCUGUUCAGGUUUGGUGUAGUUGAGGCAUCUUUAGCUCUUGACCCCCUCAUCCCAUAACCUCCAGUUCCAACCCUGCCCCCAUGACCCCCCCUCCUCAUUCCCUACCCAUAACCCCCAACGCUGCUCCCCAUAUUCUCCUGUCCCUGUCACUAACCCUGACUAACCCAUCUCCCCAUAACCCUCCCCCUCAAUCCUGACCCCAUCCCCACAAUCCCCCUCCCCAGCCUCACCCCUUGGUGCUGAUGAUUUUGGGAACACACAACACUAGAGACAAAAGAUGUCGGGUGGGGAUCGCAGGGCAGGAGCUGGUGGGGUCACAUGGGGACAGAGGGAGCUGCCACCCUCCCAAGGGCUCAAUCCCCCCAACAAGGCUGCUCCAUGAUGUAUCCAUGGGGAACCUCCCCCACUCCCUGUGCCCCUAGGAAAUGGGCACCAUUGGGCACUGCCAGCUGGGACCCUGCUCCCUGCCGGGGGUGAGGGGAGCAGCCUAGCCCCUUUGCACAGCAGCUUGGGAUGCUCCCCUGAGAGGGUGGCACUGGGGGGGCGCUUUGCACAGCACCCCCUAUGGACCAAAGCAGACAGCACCUCCCCCAUUUGGUGCCACCCCCAGAUGUCCCCCAGGGCCAGUGUUGUCCCCCAAAACCUCCACUCCAGUCCUUGCCUGGGAGAAAAUAUUGUCACCCUUUCCCCACCCCCCCACAUGCAGUGUCGUCCUCCACCAGCCUGGGGGGAGGAGUGGUAGGGGUUGAAUCUGCCCUCUCCCCCCACCCCCUGCUGCACACAGUCCCUGUAGGUUCACCCUCCCCUCAGCACCCCCCAGAUAUGGGGGAAGAAGCCCUGCAGGGAUCCUGAUCUGUUACACUACAAGAAGGGGGCGGGGGGAUCUCCCUCUUAAGGCCCCCAUUGGUGCUGGGGCUGCAGUUCCAAACUCUUGCAGCAGGGGGCACUGCCACCCUCACAAGGAAGCAAGUUCUGCAUCAUGGGGGUGUUGGUAUCAUAGCAUGGGGGGGGCAGGGGGAGGUGCCCAGACUUCAGGCGUCCCAUGCCUAUGACCCUGGUGGAGGGUGGCGAGGGGGGGCGGGCAGGCGAGCUGUAGCCACGUGCUGCCCCCUGCAGGCCAGCACAGCCUCUACAGCCCCCAGCCUGGCAGCACUUUCCCUGUUAUUUAUUGGCCUGUUUUCACCCUGGGAAACUGACCCAAUUGCCCCCUCCCCCACCAGAGAGUGGGGCAGGGGGAGACCCAGGGGACCUGUCCUGGCAUGAGACACCCCCCUUGCCCCCCCCCAAUCCCUGCUGCUCCCUGAUCCUGUUGAACUGCCAAAAAGAAAUACCCCAGACCUUAAAACAAAGCCAAGGACCCUGUUACGGGGGGAGCUGGGAGGGGGGCUUUGCACCCCCUCACCCCUCAGUCAUGUUUACAGCCAAGCUUUACCUGGUGUUUUAAAAGAAAAGCCCCUUUCCCAUUCCCCGCCCCCUUGGCGCCCAGCUCUGUCGCAGAGGGGACUUUUCUAUUUUUGCAAAAUAAAGAGAUGGAAACAGCC